GUAAGAGAAUGCUGUAGCUAAAGCAGAUUAAUGAGGUUCAAGCAAUAUUUUUAGAAAUAUGGAUUCUGAAACGCAAAAUUAAUUCAUAUCUGAAACAAUUUAUUUUAAACUCAGAAUUUGGGAUAUUCGCAGAUUCUGAAUUCAUGGGAACCUCUAGGAACGUAAUCCCAGAAUUGUUUGAUUUAACUGCACAGUAUUUAAUUAGGUAUUGUUCAUUAAAAAGGUAAAAUUUGUUAAACAUUUUUCUUCCAGAUAUUCUAUGGUAUUUGUGUUUUACACCCUCUGUUUGCUGGUGAUGUUGAUGAUAAGGCCAUUCCUUUCAUCAAAACUUUUGCCAGGCCGUGGAAAGUCUGCCAUCUAUUCAGCACUCUACUUCCUCCCAGUCCUUAUUGUUAUCCAUGCUGUUGGAGCAGGGCUUAUAUAUUAUUCCUUCCCAUACAUGGUGAUCAUAUUGUCAGUAGUAUCAAAUGCUGCACAUUUUGCUUUUCAGUUGGACCAGUCAAUGCCUGGCCUCCUGAUGGGAUGUGUUCGGGACGUACGUAAUCUCGUUAUUCUCCUAGGUCAUUGGGGAUUGCAUGCUUAUGGUAUUGUUGCAAUUACACAGCUGACAGAAGGAGUCCUUCAUGGCUCUCUAUGUGCACUAGUGCCUCUACCAGCCCUCUUUUACAUUCUUACCUCUCGAUUUACUGACCCUUCCAACAUUGGUUAAAGGGUAUUUAUUAAAUAAAAAAAUAUUAAAAUUUUAUUUAUUAUA